CUAGAAAACAAAUAUAGCGAUACCCCUUUCAUUAGUUCGUAUCAUUGCGCCAUACCUACACCUUGGUAGGUACCAGACAUGCUUAUAUUGCAACGGUCGCAUGUCCGGAGGAAUCCUUCCAACAUAAUAAUAACACCAACAUCCUGAUUUUCCCCUUGGCCGAUUAUCAACAAAACUUCCAGUCUUCUGUUUUAGUACCUUACACUUUGCCAACGAUCAUCAUGGGAGGGGUCGCAUCUAUACCAACUGAUCCUUCUAAGAAGGUUCAGGUUAUAUCAGCAGGCUACUCGCGAACUGGGACUGUAUCAAUGUCCAUGGCCCUAGAAAAACUAGUGGAUGGACCUAUACUUCACGGAGGCACGCAGAUUUUAGUUCGAGACGAUGAUUAUUGCUCAACAUGGAUCAAGGCAUACGAAGCAAGAGAAGCGGGCGACAAGGAACUGACUUUGAAACUUGUAAGAAAGGCAACUGCCGGUUUCGUGGGGACUGCAGAUCUUCCACCGUCCGACUUUAUGCCUGAGAUGAUGGAGAUAUAUCCCGACGCAAAAGUUGUGUUGGUCCGAAGGGAUCCGGAGAAGUGGUGGAACAGCAUCGCGACCCUAACCAGCAGGACUACGCCGUGGUGGCUUGGUGCUGUUCUCGCCCCUAUCCCAGGAUGGAGGUACCUCGCCAAAUUUGCAAGUGUAUACAGUCGUUCGACUUUACGGCUAGCUGGCCUAGAUAAUAAGAACGCUAGUCCAACCGACCUCAUCGAAAAGGGUGGUCCUCAUAUCCUCACAGCUCAUAAUGAUAGGGUUAGAGCACUUGUUCCUAAAGGACAACUCCUGGAGAUGGACUUGAGCCAGGGCUGGGAACCGCUGUGUAAAUUCUUAGGAGUCCCCGUUCCAGAUGAACCGUUCCCAAGAGCGAAUGAUGCUAAGGCAGCGGAUGAGUACGCUACAAAAGUCCUCCUUGGUGUCUUAAAGGUCUGGGUCGGUAUCUUCUCCACUGUCGGACUUACUGCAUAUUCUGCAUCUUGGCUAUGGAAGAAUAAGUUGUCUUGAGAUCUGUUAGGGGAAAGCCUCUUUACAUAAUUGUGAGAAAGAUAAGGAUGGUUCCAGGUUCUUUUAGAUGCGAGUCUGGCUAAAAAGAGAGACCAUUUGUAAAUCCCACUUCCGAUUAUGUAGGUACCUACCGCCUUUUCUCAUUAAUUUCGGACGUCGUUGGACCCACCUUAUGUCUGAUCUAGCCGUUUUCGGCCAAUGGAAUCUGGGGUUGGUUAACAACAUCAGUUUUGCGUCCCACUCUUUUUGCAGUGAAAUUUUUUCUAACCAAUAACCAAUUGCUUACUAAAUUAUGACUAAUUUUCUUAUCAUUUCAAAAUUUCUUAUCGAGCUGAUUUUUAUACUAGAAC